GGGACGGACGCGCACGUCUUUAAUGCGAUUGGCUCAUCUCUGCAGCCUCCCGGCUCGCGGCUAUAAAAGCCCGCGCGGUCACUCCGCGCGUCAGAGCGCAGCCGCCGCGUCGGAGAGGAGAUCGAGCGCGGACGCACCGCGGGGACACGCCGGACACUGCGCGGGCCGGACGGACCGUCCUGUGAUCAGCCACCGAGCACCGUGCCAUUUAGCGCAACUCCGCUGGACUCAUUGAUCGGGGGAAACUUUGGACCAGAGCUGCGCGGUCCGGACCCUCAGAACUUGGUCUCCAGGCGUCGUGUGCGUGAGUGCCUUCAAAGUCGUAGUCGACCGCGUGCGUGGCGAGGAUGAGGGCCGCCGCCUCCCUGCUGCUCUGUCUCCUGAUGGUCGCCGAGGCCGGAGCUUCCCGCUUCGCCCGCGACGCCCAGGGGGGCUCCGCGGCUUCGGAGCCCGCCAGGAGCAACGCCUCCGUCCCACUCGCGCUCCCUCAGCCGGGCCGGCCGCGCGCCUCCUUCCCUCCCAUGUGCUUAAAGCGCACGGAGAUCACGCACGCCUUCAAGUACGUCAACACCAUCGUGUCCUGCCUGAUCUUUGUGGUGGGAUUCAUCGGCAACUCAACGCUCCUCAAGAUCAUAUAUAAGAACAAGUGCAUGAGAAAUGGACCCAAUGUUCUGAUUGGCAGCCUGGCUCUGGGGGACCUGCUGUAUAUAAUCAUCGCCAUCCCCAUCAAUGUUUUUAAGCUCCUUGCCCAGGACUGGCCGUUCGGCGUGUACAUCUGUAAGCUGAUGCCAUUCAUCCAAAAGGCCUCCGUGGGAAUCACUGUCCUCAGCCUGUGUGCUCUCAGUAUUGACCGCUACCACGCAGUGACGUCGUGGAGCAGGGUGAAGGGGAUGGGCAUCCCUCUGUGGAAGGCGGCGGAGGUGACGCUGAUCUGGCUGGUCGCCGUGAUGCUCGCGGUCCCCGAGGCGCUGGCGUACGACAUGCGGGAGAUACAGUACGGAGGCAACAAGCUGCGCGUGUGUAUGAUCCACGCGGAACAGACGGCCAGCUUCAUAAAGUUCUACCAGGACGUGAAGGACUGGUGGCUGUUUGGCUUCUAUUUCUGCCUCCCGCUGGCCUGUACAGGGAUCUUCUACACACUUAUGUCAUGCGAGAUGCUCAGCCGCAAAAAGGGCAUGCGCAUCGCACUCAACGACCACAUGAAACAGCGACGGAAAGUAGCGAAGACGGUGUUCUGCCUGGUGUUGAUUUUCGCUCUCUGCUGGCUGCCCCUCCACCUCAGCCGUAUUCUGAAGAAAACCAUCUACGACGAGAGCGACCCCAACCGCUGCGAGCUGCUCAGCUUCCUCUUGGUGAUGGAUUACAUCGGCAUCAACAUGGCCUCCCUCAACUCCUGCAUUAACCCCAUUGCCCUCUACUUUGUCAGCCAGAAGUUUAAAAACUGCUUCCAGUCUUGCCUGUGCUGCUGGUGCUACAGAACGUCUCCACUGGACGAACGAGGGUCUGGAGGACGCUGGAAGGGCUCCUGUCACGGGAACGGACUAGACCGCUCCAGCUCCCGCUCCAGCCAGAAAUACACCAGCUCUUCAUAAACACAC